AUGGCGCAAAAUGGUGUGAACGGUGUGCACGAGGCCACUGUCAAACUGUGGCAGCAUCCUCACCCUGAGCAGACCCAGCUGUAUGCUUUCCAGCAGUACGUCGCAAAGAAACAUGGCGUCCAGACGCCCUCCUACAAAGAACUCUGGCAGUGGAGUGUUGACCACCCUGCGCUAUUCUGGGAAGAUGUCUGGCAUUAUACUGAGGUUAAGGCACACAAAAAGUAUGACUCGGUCCUGGACGAGACUCUGCCCAUGUUUCCCAAGCCAACCUUUUUCUCCGGAUGCGAGUUGAACUUCGCCGAGAACCUGUUGUUUCCCUCCUCAAACCCCACGCCUGAAUCACUUGCUAUCAUCGGUGCCACGGAGCAGACUCGCGAUCGCUUGACAUGGUCGGAGCUACGAGAAAGAGUGAGACUUUGUGCUGCGGCCAUGGAGGCGCAUGGGGUGAAGACCGGGGAAAGAGUUGCGGGCUACCUAGGGAACCACGCAAAUGCCGUGAUCGCCAUGCUGGCGGCGACGUCUCUCGGAGCCAUAUGGUCAGGAGUGAGCCCUGACACGGGCGUUCACGCAGUGCUCGACAGACUCCAGCAGAUUGAGCCGGUGCUUCUGUUUGCCGACAAUGCGGUCACGUAUAAUGGCAAGACGCACGAAACGCACGGUAAGAUAUCCCACGUCCUCGCGGAUCUGCCCUCCAUUCGGAAUGUCGCCAUCUUCGAGACAAUACCUGGACACCACUUCGACCUCCCCUCUCUACAACGCCAGGAGACUACGACAGUAGAGACGUAUACUUCUUUUCUAUCGAAGGGCGAUGCUUCGCGCCCUCUGCGCUUCACUUACCUCCACCCCGACCACCCUGUUUAUAUCCUCUACUCUUCUGGCACCACUGGUGUACCCAAACCAAUCGUGCAUGCGGCUCUCGGGACACUCCUGCAACAUAAGAAGGAACACUUAAUCCAGGCAGACAUUCUACCUGGCCAACGACUAUUCUAUUUCACGACAGUGACUUGGAUGAUGUGGCAUUGGCUGGUGUCUGGCCUUGCCAGUGGAGCAACCAUUGUGCUCUACGAUGGGAGCCCUUUCCAACCUCAUAAGGAGAUGAGCAUGCCACUACUCAUUGACGAACUAAAAAUCCACCAUUUCGGAACUUCUGCUAAAUACCUGUCUGUCCUUGAACAGGCCAACCUUUUGCCGCGAGAAGCAAGCCCGAAGAGUGCUAGCCUCGAGUCACUCAGGUCCAUCUUUUCGACCGGCUCCCCUCUUGCACCCAGCACCUUUCAAUACGUGUAUAAAAACCUCUCGCCGCCCUCACCUCAUCCUGGUAUUCUGUUGGGCUCGAUCACCGGCGGCACGGAUAUCAUUUCCCUCUUCGGGGCACCAUGCUCGACAUUGCCCGUCUACAUGGGCGAGAUUCAGAGCGCGGGCUUGGGAAUGUCGAUCCGAGCGUUCUCGGCAGAUGGGAAAGACAUUUCGUCCACAGGCGAAGCCGGUGAGCUUGUGUGUACAGUGCCCUUCCCCUGCCAACCAUGCAUGUUUUGGCCUCCUGGUCCAAAGGGUGAAGCUCGAUAUAAAUCUUCCUACUUCGAGGCCUUCAAGGACGAAAAGACCGGUAAUCCUAUCUGGACUCACGGAGACUUCGUUCGCUUCAACCCCAAGACUGGCGGUAUUUGGAUGCUCGGUCGGUCCGAUGGUGUGCUUAACCCAAUGGGUGUGCGAUUCGGAUCCAGCGAGAUAUACAAUAUUCUGUUGAAGCAUUUCGCGACCGAAGUGGAAGACGCCUUAUGCAUAGGUCGAAAGCGCGAGGAGGAUGUCGAUGAGGUUGUGGUCCUCUUUCUCAAGAUGUCUUCGGGCCAUUCAUUUUCCAGCGACCUCUCUCACAGGAUACAAGCAGUUGUGAGGAAGGAGCUCAGUGCAAGGCACGUACCAAGAAUCAUCGAUGAAUGCCCUGAGAUCCCAGUCACGACCAACGGCAAGAAAGUGGAGGGUGCUGUCAAACAAAUACUCAGUGGGUUAAAUAUCAAGACAAGCGCCAGUGUUGCCAACAGCAGUUGUUUGGAUUGGUAUAGGGAGUGGGCAAAGUCACCUUAA